AUGGCAGCCAGUGUUGCGAAACAGGACACAGGCGGCGCGCAAGUAUAUCACGACAAAGCUGGCCCCGAUCAGGUCAGCCUUGAUCGUUCAAGUCGUAAACGGCACUAUUCAACCCGAGACAAGGGCGAGGAGAAGAACGCGACUGAUCACCGGAGAAAGAGCCGAAGAAUACAGAAAAGCCCCCACCACCUGCGCCCGCAAAACUCGAAUGUGAAUGCCAAAAUCUCCCGCAAGAGCCCGCGAUCACAAAAGACACAAGCUACGAACCCCGAACGAACCGCAAGCGGAGGACAGAGCCGGCAAUCACAGAGACCAGCAGUGAUAAAAAGGAAGCGCUCGCACGACGCUCAAGCUGGGGCUGGAGCCGAAGUAGACGACUCCCAACACGAGCGCCUUGCAGAACAGCUGAGGAGAAGUACUCCUCCCCACCUCGAGCACUCUGAGGAGGACUUACAAGAAGGCUUGGAACCUGAAGUGGAAGCUGGUAAGCGAGAAGGCGUACGGCCUUCAAUACACACCUCAAGACUACCCCCUCCCAAAGAUCAGCUCUCUGAGAACAACUUACGCAUAUUCAAUGCGGAAAUGAACCCCGCGGCCGACAAUGCUCCAGUUCUCAAACGGACCUCGUCACGGCGUUCCAUAGUUCCAUCGGAAGCGGGCACAGUCCGAUCCCAGCGCUCUUCUAACACCAACGCCUUCUACCGCCACAAAAAUCUUCAAGCUGUCCAGAUCCAUAUCCACGCUAAGCCGCCUGACUUCAUCGAAGCCGCGGCCAACCGCAUUGUUAACGCCAAAGUCUCCAAGCAGCGCCGGGCUGAACUCCGCGUCAUAGCUCAAGAACUCAGUAAUAGCUGCCUCAAAAAUGUCAAGGCUCAGUCUGGCGAGGAUGACUUUAUAAAUCCACUCCAUACUGCCCUCAAGGCUUUGGGUCUCAAGAACCUCUGUAUCCAUGAAAAAGCCGAGUGGCGAGAGGAGCUUCAGCCUACAGCCCCGCAGCAGUUGCAUUUCAGCUCGAGCUUCAUGGCCGGUGUCCAGCAACUAGAGGUUGACGACGACUCAGCCCGUCCGAUAAAACGCCAGCAGCAGUCCGCUGGCGAGUAUCUGUCUCCCGAAUCAUUUCGGACCAACGCACCCACCACUCCGCCAGCCAAUAAUUCUCAGGAGUCGAACGCGAUGCCUCCUCCGGCCCCACCUGUCCUGGAGAAAGAGGGAGAUCGCUACCCGAUUAAAAAUCCCCGGCCCGACCUCUCAAUAGGCACUGAUCUCACGGCUUUCAUCUCUGCCCUCUCGGCGCAGAAACUCAACAGGGCCAAGGCUACGGCAUUCAUCCACUGGCUCCAGAAUGAGAUGGUGCAGCGCGUGCCAAAGGGGCCGCUUGAACCGAUGCUACUCUUAGUACCGGCGCCACGCGCUUUAGAUCUCGCCUUCCCGUUUGCUGUCGUUGAAGGUAAGGCUUACUCGACCGGUAAACAAAUUUUCGAGGCAGAGAACCAAGCUGCGGUUUCCGGGGCUUGCGCGCUCAAGAUACAGCUUGAUCUAGAUAGCCUGGUUAACAGCGGAACGAUGAGAUCUGGUGCUCUGCCUAAAUCCUCGAAUGCCCAUCCCCCGCUCUUCUUCUCCAUCACCACCCAAGGUCCCAUCCACGAGCUCUGGUACCACUGGACUGUCUAUGAAGACGGUGUACGCAAGUUCGAAUCGAAGCUUCUGGAUAGUUGUAAUGCACUGGUGCUAGAGCGAGGGGAGGACUUUGUGGUCAAGCUCAAUAAUGUGGGCAGUUGGGGUACAGGACCAUUUGUGAAGUCACUUGUAGAGCGUCUAGGACAGGUAGCAGUGAAGGCAGAGACUUAA